AUGUCAGGCAUUCUGAAACUCAACUUUCGUGGUACAGUCAUCCAUGCGGAAAAAAGCAGUUUGGCCCGUCAUGAUGGAUUCUUCAAUCUUUUGGCAGUAAGCAACCAAAACCCCCACCUUGAACCACUCUUCGUGGAUCGAGAUCCAAAGCACUUUCUUAAACUUCUGGAUUACAUCCGUGACAAAGAGAUUCUUCUACCGGAAUCAGAAAUCGAAAUCAAUGAAAUUUGCGAGGAAGCAAGACAUUUCAACUUGCAUUAUUUGAUCUUCAAGUGUCAGCAAAAGGUGGAGAACAUGAAAUUAAAGAACAAGUUCCGUCAUUUGAAUGGCUCAGCGGAGAUUUUGGAGGCAGUUGGAAACAGUGACAAGACAGUCAUUCUUUUCUACUACACGAUCGAUCUCUCGAGAGAGUCGGUUCCAAUUCAAGCUCUCGAGGAGUUCAUAGACGAGUAUAAGCACAAAUACGAUAUCUAUUUUCAUAAAGAAGAAGCUAUCAAGUGGUUCUCAUGUAAACUGAUCUCAAAGACUCGUGUCGUCAAUGUGCUCGAUGCCAACCCCAAAGACAUCCACUUUUGCUUGGACGAGGUCCGAAGAAUACUAGGCACCUUGUGA